AUGAAAGAUUUCCGACGCCCUAGAACGGGAGAGGAAUUUUAUGAGUCUUUCGAGGGAGCUCCUUUGUUUACAGCCGUGCUCACGUAUAUAAGCUUUCUAAUAUUAAACAUCUUGGGGAGGCUUCAAGAUUUCCUGAGGUUUAUUCAUGUAUUAAAAAAUCAUUCAGUAGCAGAAGUACCGAACACUAAAUCUUUCGUCCCGCUUUACUCGUCUUAUGAGGCUUUUUAUACCCGCAAUCUAUACCGAAGGGCACAAGACUGUUGGUCUAGACCUAUUUGUUCUGCUCCAGGUAGUGAAAUCGUAGUAAUGGAUCGUAAAUCACCGGACUGUGGAUGGACGUUGAAUUUUACAGGAACAAAAUCGAAGGUUUUGAACUUAGGAUCAUACAAUUAUUUGGGAUUCGCGGAUCCCACCGGACCUUGUACUAAUGCUACAGAAAAAGCCACAAUAAAAUUCGGUGUAGGUGUAGCAAGUUCUAGACAAGAGGCCGGAAGCUUAAUAUUACACAAAGAACUCGAAGAUUUGGUUGCUGAAUUUGUUGGACAAGAAGCAGCUAUUGUUUUCAGUAUGGGCUUCUCAACCAAUUCACUAAAUCUGCCAUGUCUAGUUGAUAAAGAUUGCUGUGUAAUCAGUGAUGAAUUAAAUCAUACAAGUCUAGUCUUGGGAUGUCGAUUGUCGGGAGCAACUAUACGUCGUUUUAAACAUAAUGAUAUGGAAGAUUUGGAAAAAAUUCUGCAAGAUUCUGUUGUUUAUGGUCGUCCGCGUACCCACAGACCAUAUAAAAAGAUCUUGGUUGUAGUUGAAGGUAUAUACAGUAUGGAAGGAAGUAUUCUUCAUCUUCCCGAAGUAAUCGCUUUAAAGAAGAAAUAUAAUGCUUAUGUUUAUUUGGAUGAGGCACAUAGUAUUGGUGCAUUAGGUCAAAUGGGUCGUGGUGUGGCUGAUUAUUUUGGUGUUGAUCCACGUGAUAUUGAUAUUUCAAUGGGUACAUUUACUAAGAGUUUCGGUUCAUCUGGUGGAUACAUAGCUGGAAAUCGCAAGUUGAUUGACUAUCUUCGCUCGAUGUCAUAUAAUACUGUAUAUGGUUGUAGUAUGCCAGCACCACUAGCUCAACAAAUUAUAUCAUCCAUAAGAAUUGUCAUGGGAAAAGAUGUACCUGGUGAAGGUGAACGAAGAAUUAAAUGUUUAGCUGAGAAUAUACGUUAUUUUCGUGCAAGAUUACAUGAAAUGCGCUUAAUUGUUUAUGGGAAUCGUGAUAGCCCUGUUGUACCAGUUAUCGUUUAUAUGCCAGCUAAACUAGUUGCCUUUUCGCGUAGAUGUUUAGAACUAGGAUUAGGAACUGUAGUCGUUGGUUUUCCAGCUACAACUCUGCUUUUAUCCAGGGUACGAUUUUGCAUUUCAUCAGCACAUACACGAGAGUUAUUAGACAGGGCAUUAGACAUAAUCGAGCAAGUUUCUGAAGAAAUAGGAAUUUGUUAUAGUAAGCAACCGAUUCCAGAAUGGGCUAAAGAAAUUUUAUACAAAGAUAAAAGUUAUCGUUAUACGAAUGGUUUCUUGAAAAAUAUUGAACCAUCAGUUAGCAAACUACUUAAGAAAUCAGUUCAUACGGAUACUAUAAAGAUACCAACGAAAAAUGUGGGAUUAACACACACUUUUAGCUAUGAUGAAACCUGUAAUGAAUUAAAUCUCGAUUUGUUCUUUCAAAAUGUUAAUAUCCUAGUGUUAUGUUACAAAAUCAUUUAUGGGAACUAA